AUGGAGAUUCAGUGCCCUUCCUUCCAAGUCCUGUUAGCCUUCUUGCUCUUUAUGAUCAUGGUACUGAAAAUAGGGAAGAUCAGAGGCAAAACCAAGUACUCAGCCUCAAAUCUACCGCCAGGGACAUGGAAGCUACCCGUUAUAGGAAACCUGCACCAGCUCGCCGGCUCUCUACCACAUCAAAGACUAAGAGACUUGGCCAAGAAAUACGGACCGCUUAUGCACCUAAAGCUUGGAGAAGUUUCCACCGUAGUAGUUUCUUCAGCAGAGCUUGCCAAAAAGCAUUGUCUUUCCACCAUAUGGUGA